CCCUUUUCCUGCUGGAUCUCGACUGUUCCCUUCUCCCUUUCCUCCUCCAAAAUCCCUCAUAGCCCAUCCCAAGAUCACUCUUUCUUCAACCAUUUCCUCUCCCCCAAUUCCCAAAUCUCCCCAAAUCCCCAAUUCUUGAAUCAUCAACAUUUUCACACCACCUUAAACACCCAACCCAAAAAAAAAUCCCCCAAACAAAAAGGAAAAAAAAGGAGAAAAGCCAAAAAAUCCAUCAAUUUUCCCACCAAAUGCAUUAAAUAGUACUACUACCACUCCUACUAAUCAAAACCCUCCAUCCAAAAAUUUCCCACUUUCCCAAUAAUCCCCAACCCCAAACACCCACAGACCAACAAUGCCAAUAGUAUCCUACCCUUCAUCUCCGCUCAUCCCAACCCUCACACUUCUGCUCUGCCUACCGGUCCUUUUCUACUUCAUAGCCCCAUCCUUCCUCCCUCCUCGCCGUCUCACCAUCACCGCCCCGGACGAGUUCGACGACUUGUCCCUCUUCCACAAAGCCAUCUCCCUCUCCUCUUCCACCUCCACCUCCGUCAAAUCCCACCUCCCCUCCACCAAAUCCCGCCUCGGCUCCACCUCCACCUUCCGCCCCAAAAUUGCCUUCCUCUUCCUCACCAACUCCGACCUCUACUUCAUCCCCCUCUGGGAAAAAUUCUUCAACCAAACCCGCCCAAGUCUCUACAAUAUCUACGUCCACGCCGACCCUUCUGUCAAAAUCACCCCACCCACCGGCGUUUUUGCCGAUAAAUUUAUCCCAUCUAAGAGAACUCAACGAUCUUCCCCCACUUUGAUCUCCGCCGCCCGCCGCCUCCUUGCCACCGCCCUCCUCGACGACCCGUCAAAUGCAUACUUCACGCUAGUCUCCCAAAACUGCAUCCCACUCCACUCCUUCAACUACCUCUACAAAUUCCUGUUCGACCUCCACAAGCUGUCGAAAAACCUCGAAUACUUGAGUUACAUUGAGAUCCUCUCCGAUUCGCCGACUUUGUGGGAUCGGUACAAUGCUAGAGGGGAAAAUGUGAUGACCCCAGAAGUUAGUUUCGAUCAAUUUCGAGUGGGCUCGCAGUUUUUUACGCUAUCUCGAAGACAUGCCCUCAAGGUUAUUGAAGAUAGGCGUUUGUGGAAUAAGUUCAAGAUGCCUUGUAUAAAUGUAGAGUCUUGUUAUCCUGAAGAGCAUUAUUUUCCUACACUUUUAUCAAUGACGGAUCUGGAGGGGUGUUCCCAAUAUACAUUAACUCGGGUUAAUUGGACCGACAGUGUCGAUGGACAUCCUCAUACUUAUAAUCCACCUGAGGUGUCUCCUGAGCUGAUUCAUCGUUUAAGGCGCUCGAAUUCUUCGUACUCUUACAUGUUUGCGAGGAAAUUUUCGCCUGGUUGCUUGAAGCCAUUGAUGGAAAUUGCAGAUUCAGUCAUUUUCAAGGACUGAUUUUGGUAAGGAGAAGCAAAAGGGGAUAAAAUUUUCCUAGGCUAUCUAUGUAUACAAGGUUUUGGAGUACCACGUGGGAUAAGGUUUUGAAGGGGCUGUAAUAGAAGGCCUUCAACCAAAGGAACCCAAGGAGUCCAAAUUAAGCAAAGGGUGGAUGAGGCUUAAGAAGCAAAGUGGUCAAAAUGUACGUUUAGGUGUAAACUGUAAUAUCAGUAUUGGGGUUGAUUCUUAAUAAUUCUGUGUGGUUGUACAUAUAGUUGGAUGGAUGGUUAACAAUGCGAAUGACACGAAAGAACGGCCAUAGUCCAUAGAGGAAUGAAAGAAGUCCUAAGGCCUAAUUGCUUGUCAUUUGCAACAUCUGAAUCCAGUUGGAUGGUUGUAUGUAUUUGCCAUUGGAAAAGUUGAAAAUCCAAGGUAGGAAAUUCUCUCUUUUUGGCAUCA